CGGCACACUCACAUGAGGCGAAGCCUAUCUAUACUAUUGCAAUUUGUGAUGGUCUUCUCUGGAGUUGGAGAAUCAACAAUAAACUAAAUCUACCAUCCCUUGAAAUGUAAUUAUCAAGUGGCCCAUUACCCUCAGGAGGAACUAUUGCAAAGUUGUUGGAGUAUUGGAACAUAGAGAAUGUGCAGGGUCUAUUACUGUUAGACCCUGAGAUCCAUCACUAAGUCUUCGAGAGGAAUUAGUCUUGUGUCAAUCACAGAAGGAGUAGGUCAAAGGUCACCAUGGCUCUUGUUGCAGAUACCCAACAUGCCGUGGAGAUGCUUUGCGGUAUGCAAACCGAGCUCCAGCAAACCGGCGACGAAGAGCUCGGCCAGCAACUUAGCGACAUGAUCAACAUGCUGGAAAGUCCCCUCUUCACCCAGCUGCUGACCCUCCAGCAGUCCAUGAGGCAGCUCAGGGACCAUGUGGAGUCCACGCCGCCCGGGCAACCCAUCGGGGAGUUUGACUUCAACUCGAGCGGUGACCUCGUCUUUGAGGAACCGCCUAAACCAGAGCCGGUCGAACUUGAACAACCGGGCCCGGCUCAUCCGUACGCUUACGAGAAUGAGAUUAACUUGGAAGACGAGAUCGGGAGAGUCCAGGUGGCUGCCGUGGAGCAGAGCGCCCCGGCGCCCGUUGUGGAAGCGGAUGAGUUGGACACGGGCGACGCAUUGCUGGAUUCUAUCGCGGAGCUGGCUAUGGGACGGGAGGUGACCACGGUGAAGCUGAUGAAGCCAGAGAAGGGAGGGCUUGGGUUCAGUGUGGUGGGACUUAAGAGUGAGAAUCAUGGGGAGCUGGGUAUCUUCGUUCAGCAGAUCCAGCCCAAUGGUGUGGCAGAAAGGAAUGGAGAUCUACAUGAGAGUGAUCAGAUCUUGGCUAUCAAUGGCCAUCUCCUGGACGCAAGUGUUUCUCAUCAACAGGCCAUUGAGAUGUUACAGAAGGUGAAAGGUCUGGUUGAGCUCGUUGUGGCCAGGGGGGUCUUCCAGCUUCCUGAAAACGCCCUCAAAGAAACUGACCCACCCAAAGAAGAAGAACAGCCGACUAGCCCAGAAAAGCAGCCUGAAGAUAUCCCGAUUGAGCCGCCUCAGCAUGAAAUCCAGCAGAUUGAGCUUUACAACGACGGUAGCGGCUUGGGAUUCGGCAUCGUUGGUGUCCGUGAUGUCGGAAUCAUGGUUAAGACCAUCCUACCUGGAGGUACUGCCGACAGGGAUGGGCGUCUACAGAGCGGAGACAUCAUUCUGCAGAUUGGCGACACCCCGCUCCAGGGUAUGACCUCUGACCAGGUUGCCAUGGUGCUCAGGCAAGCAGGAAGCCACGUGCGACUGACUGUAGCCAGGAGUGCCUUUCCUGCUGUGGCGUCCCCUCUUAAAGACGCGGAGCCCCUCAUCCAGCCAGAGCCUGUCAUACAGCCUCAACAUACGACCGAAGAUUAUUCGCAGCCACCACCCCAACUAGCAUUGGAAGGGGAAUCGGAAAGUGUUAAGAUAUUUGACGUUGUCUUAGAGAAGGAAGCUAAGGGUCUUGGGAUAACCAUUGCUGGAUAUGUCAGAGAUGUUGCCACAGGACAAGUUUCUGGAAUCUUUAUCAAGAAGAUUGCUGAGGGGAGUGCUGCUGAUCGUAACGGCAAUGUCAAAGUCAAUGACCAAAUUAUUGAGGUGGAUGGACAAAGCCUUGAUGGGUUCACCAAUGUGGAGGCUGUCGAUAUGCUCAGGAAUACUGGCAGUGUAGUUCAUGUCAAGCUAGCCAGGCAUCCUGAAGGCACUCUGGACAUCUCAAAUGUUAACAUGGAGCAAUUAUCAGAGGAAAUGGUUAGAAGUGAACACAUUCAGCCGACGCAGGUUGAGACUGAAGAAGAGGCCCAGCCCUUGGCCCCGGCCGCCUACCCACCCCCAGGGGGCAUUCUGGAACCUGUAGAGCCUGAUCCGGAACCUCAAGAAAUGAUGGAGACAUACGAAGGAGAACUGAGUACAGAGACUGAGGUUCGACUGAUCUCAGCUUGGCAAACCAUUCUUGGUGAAGAUAUCAUGAUUGUGGUGGCACAGCUAAGCAAAUUUCGGGAAGGAGGUGGACUCGGCAUUAGCUUGGAAGGCACAGUAGACAUUGAUGAAUCUGGGGAUGAGGUUAGACCCCAUCAUUACAUCCGCUCCAUCUUAGCUGAUGGCCCCGUGGGUCAGAAUGCACAGCUCAAGAGUGGGGAUGAACUCCUCGAGGUGAACGGAGAGCAGCUGCUUGGUCUUAAUCACGUCGACGUCGUCAAAACUCUCAAGGAACUCCCGAUGCACGUACGCAUCGUAUGCGCCCGUCACCCACACCCCGUCUUCCCAGAGGCAGCCGAAGUUCCCCAGCCUAAGAUCGAGGAAGUCGCUGUCACAGUUGAUGCUCAAGAGGAAGUCUUCACCAUGAACCAGACCAAUCUCCAGGAGUCGCUUCCAUUCCCUGAGGUGGAGAAUGUCGGUAGCGUGCUGGCCGUGCAGACCCUGAGGGAUAACAGCUCCGACAGGGCGUCCCCACUCUCCAGGGAGUCCCUGGGUGGGUUGGCUGUCUGGGACGAUGAGCUACAGACGGUGGAUCUGAACAAAGGGGACAAGGGUCUCGGCUUCAGUAUCUUGGAUUACCAGGAUCCUCUAAACCCUUCCAAGACAGUGAUAGUAAUCCGUAGCCUCGUUCCUGGAGGCGUUGCCGAGUCAGACGGGCGACUCAUCCCCGGAGACAGACUAGCCUUUGUUAACGAUGACAAUCUUGACAACUGCUCAUUAGAGAUGGCCGUCCAGGCCCUGAAAGGAGCUCCAACUGGUCCGGUGCUGCUCAGAGUUGCUAAACCGUUACCUCAACCUUUGGAUGGUCAGCUAGAAGGAGAGGAGCCUAUGAUAAUGCCACAACAAAUAGCGUCUGUUCACCAAGCACCUCCUCCGUCAAAUUCCCAUGAAAUCUCCUUCCAGGAUGAAGAUCUUGAGAAGAUUCGAGAGCUGCAAGCUUCCCUCCACACAUCUCAAAAAACUCCUUCCUGGGAUACAAGACCAAACGAGGAGGACCGACUUGUAGAAAGCCUUGUAGAAGAGGUUAUCAUGAGCGCCAGUGUGUCUUCAAACGUUGAAUCCAGUAUGGAUCUCAGUCAGGUCUUGGAUGACAAGCCAGAGCCAGCGUCAGUCCCUCCUCCUGCUAGCACUGCACCGCCAGACCUAGUGCUAGCCUCAACACCCUCGCACAUCAAACCCCAAGAUACUGAUAAAGUCAACGCUGCACCGGUCCCUGCAGUACAGAGUACCCCUCCAGAGCCCAGACGACACCCUCCUCCCCCUCCUCCCAAACCAAGUCCCCGGACCAGCGUUGCAGUAGCAGCAGCAGUAACUGCAGCGAGCACAGUAGAUGACUCCCAGAUGAGUGAGAAAGACCCACGAGUAGCAGCAGUCGCAACCUCCCACUCGCCGCUUUCCAAACGGGUGUCUAUCAUCUUGCCUAACUAUCUGGAGAAGUCUAUCGUCUUGAAAAAGGGGAACGCUGGACUGGGCCUGACAGUGAAUGCAGACAAAUCCAAUGGUGUGAUGGUCAAGAGCAUCAUCCGUGGCGGGGCUGUACAUCAUGACGGACGACUCGCCGUGGGCGACCUCAUCACCUCGGUUAACCAUGAAUCCAUGCGAGGCCUGACAAAUGCUGAAGCUCGUGCCUUGCUUAGAAGGGCCUCUCUGAUUGGCUCGGAUAUCAGCAUUACGUAUAUUCCUGCCUGCGAUGCAUCAGCAUACCGUGAGAAUCCCUCCACAAACCCGCUAGGAGUGACUGAUCCAAAUGCCUCACAGUCAGAGGGUAAUGCAGUCGCUGCACCCACAGUACAAUUAUCAUCCUUGCCAGCAGAAGAUGGUUCCGAGUCUGAGAAGUUUGCCCUACCUCUGAGAGACCAGCCUGUGGACUCGGUCAAGCUUGCCUCGGUAGCCCUCUCUCCGGUCAGCGUUACAUCAGGGAGCGAGUGGGAGGCUAUCCGGACGGUCAGACUCAACAAAGAACCAAACAAGAGCCUGGGAAUCAGCAUCGUCGGAGGGCGUGCUGGGGAUGGCCAACCAGUACAAGGAAUCUACAUCAAACAUGUGUUGGAUGACAGCCAGGCUGGUCGAACCCACGCACUGAAGACUGGAGAUAGAAUCUUGGAGGUCAAUGGAUGCGACUUACGGGACGCAAGUCACGACUAUGCAGUUGCCAUCAUUCGGAACGCUGCCAACCCAGUAUGCUUCAUUGUACAGAGUCUGUCUGCCGGCGCUAAUAUGCCCACUGGUGUCGUCUCCAUCAUCACCAAUGAAGACGAAGAUCAAGUGGUUGCCGUGGCAGCCGAGUCUUCAGAGACCAUUCCCGCAGCAUCGGACGCCAAAGAGGAAGCGAAGGCUGAAUCGGAGGAAGCGGCUGGUAAGGAAGACUACAAGGCUGAGGACGAGAUUGCGGCUCGUAAAGAAGACUACAAUGAUGAGGAAACCAUUUCAGAUAGGUUAAAGGUCGAUGACCUUGAGUUGGCACCCUUGUCACCUCUUAAGCACCAGUUGUCAUUGAGUGGCUCUGAGGAUGAGGAUGAUGAAAAGAAAGACGCUGACUCUUUGCCAGACGCUGAAAACAACAGAGCGUAUGGUAGUUUAGAUGGAGAAAUCUUUGUUGUAAAUCUCACCAAGUCAUCCAAGGGGCUCGGAAUCAGUUUGGCUGGUAACCGAGACCGUUCCAAGAUGAGUGUAUUUGUUGUGGGUGUUGAUCCAGCCGGUGCUGCCGCCCAAGAUGGAAGACUCCAUGUUGCAGAUGAAAUACUGAAAAUCAACAACUUGUCCGUCUUUGGCAAAUCUCAUCAGAAGGCAUCGGCCAUCAUCAAAGAGAUACCCAGAGAUGGAGAGGUGGUGCUGAUUGUAAGACGCCACCCUCUGGCAAUGGAUCAGCUGGCUGUUAUACCACUUACACCCACUGCGACUGACAAGCAGCGGACGUUUGAUUUGUUACGACUAGAUCCAACACCAGCAAAACCAGAGUCAGAUCAGAAUGAGAUACUAGCAUCGUAUCCAAACGUACACACUGUCACCAUAAAGAAGGGCACCGGCGGGCUGGGGUUUGCCAUCUUUGAAAAGCAAGAUUCAUUAGGGAAGUGCGGGAUUUUCAUCCGAGAUGUAAUACCAGGAGGAGCAGCUGAUGUGGAGGGCAGACUUCAGGGUGGUGAUCAUAUCCUCUCUGUAGAUGACAACACAUUGAUUGACACCAAGAAGAAAGAUGCUAUAGUGGUACUCAAAGCAACGGCAGGAAAGGUAAGCUUAACAGUCAGCUCCGAGAGACCUCUGGUGCAUUUGGAAGAUGUGGACACGGAGAGCAUUGAGCGAGAUGACGAAGAAUACGAAAUGAUAGAGGAGGAAGAGAUGAUCGUUGCCGCGGAGGUCACAACGGAGGAACAUGCUCUGCCCUCGUUAAUGGAGGAACUCAUGAAUGCCGGGGUCAUGAAGAUAGAAGAUGAGGAGGAGAAGGAUGAUGGGAUGGUGGAGGAUGAGCGAGAACAGGGAGGGGUUGAGAAUGGGGAGCAGGAGGAAGAUGAAGUAAAGCAAGAGGAGGAGAUGGAGAGGCGGGUGGAAGAUGAAGAUCAAGUCGUCCAAGCUUCAGUUGUUCAGAUUCAACACCAGGAGCCCAUCAAGGAUGUUGUAAGCCACGACAUUGAAGAACCAGCGCCCCAUGUGGCACCUAAAUUAGACACCACUACACCCGAUGUAGCCCCUGAAGCAUACACCCCUACAGAACCUGAAGGAGACACCCAUACGCCCGAUGUGGAACCCAAAACAGACACCCCUACGCCUAAUAUGGAACCUGAAGCAGUCGCCCCUACACCCGAUCCUUACACCCGUCCCAUACUUCCUGGAGUACCCACCGACAUCAUCGUUGACAAAGGGAAGACUGGUCUGGGACUGAGCAUUGUGGGUGGAGUAGACACCCAGUUGAAUAUCGUUGUUGUACAUGAGGUGUACGAAGAAAGAGCAGCUGCCCGGGACGGACGACUCUGGCCGGGUGACCAACUUGUCCAAGUCAACGGUAUCGACUUGACAAACGCCAGACACGAGGACGCCAUCAGCGCACUGCGGCAAUCCCCGGCCCACGUACGCCUGACAGUGUACCGGGACCAGCAGGCCACCAAGGACGGGGCAGUAGUAGUGAAGGAGCACGUGGGGGAGGAGGAGGAGCCGAGGCAAGAUGAGGAGAAGGUGCAAGAUGAGGAUGAGUACGAUAAGAUGCUGAGUGUGGAGCUCAAACACACACCGGGGAGAAGUCUGGGUGUUAACAUCAUGGGCAACAGGUCCGGCCAAGGGGUCGUGGUCUCCAUGAUUCUGAGGGGCGGGGCUGCUCAUGCCGAGGGUACCCUGAUGGCUGGUGACCACAUCCUUUCCAUCAAUGGUAAAGAUGUACAGAAUGCUACACGGGAAGAGGUGGCUUCACUCCUGAAGGCUACAGAGGGACACGUGUUGUUUGAAAUCGGCCGAAAGAAGGAUUCAUCGAGGGCCAGCCAACCGGCAGAGCAGAGCACCAAGACGCAAGUACAACCUGCUGGUACUGCAGGCAAGCCAGUGAGAAAUGUGGAGUUGAAGAAAGUACCAGGCAAGUCUCUUGGAUUGAGCAUCGCUGGAGGGAAGGGUAGUGAGAUGGGUGAUAUCCCACUCAUUAUAGCAUCCAUUACCCCUGGCAGUCAAGCAGAUGAGGUCAAACACCUCAAGGUUUUAGACUGCAUCGAGGGCAUCAAUGGCCAGAGUGUAGCGGGUCUGAGCUACGCCAACGCCAUCCACCUCUUGAAAUCAUCCCAAGGGGUCAUCAAGCUGGCUGUCAGUGAACUCAAUCCCACCAUGAAAGAAUGGUACCUGAAAAGCCAGCAAGCUAGCGGGAAAGGAGACAGUAUGGUCGCUGUCAAAGCUAGCGUACAGAAACCAGUGGCAGCAGUUGCAGAGGACGCUAGUGCCGGUCGUGUGAAGACAAUUGAGCUUCAACGUGGUCCAGACGGUCUUGGAUUCAGCAUCGUUGGGGGUUUCGGCAGCCCUCACGGCGAUCUCCCCAUCUACAUCAAGACGGUAUUCACCAAGGGGGCUGCCACAGUGAGCGGGGAACUCAAACGAGGCGAUCAGAUCAUUGCUGUGAAUGGAGAGAGUUUGGAUGGAGCCACUCACGAACAAGCUGUGGAUGUACUGAAGAGAGCUAAAGGGGAGGUGAUCAUGACCGUCUUGGCUUAAGCCUGGUGUGGGUCAGUGGCUCUGGCUAGAUCUGUCGUCAACCACAGCCGUAGUCAAAGGAUCGACUCUCAAAGAAGCUGUGGAUAUCUUGAAUGAAAGAAGUUUGAAGUAAUCCAAAUUGUAGCGUUUUAGAUCCAAAACGAUUGGGUUUUUUAAUUGAAAUCUGAGUCACAAUUAUUGAGUCACAAUAAGAGUAUAUUUUUUUAAUUUUUUUUUAUAAAAUUGAAGAAACAAUCGAAUAUUUUGCUUAUUUGUGGGUGUUGUUUGUAUUCUAUCAAGAUCUUUAAUACUGAAGUUGAAACCCACCGCCAGUGAAAUGUAUUCCCCACUCAAAAGCGCUUUCAAAACAUUCAUACUACCUUACUCAGUUUUAAAGCACAUAUUUUUUACACAAUCUGUACAUUCCAAACUAAUACAUUUAACAAAAAUAAAGUGUCCACCUUGAUUGUUCAAAUUCUUGGACGUUUCAAUUUUACAGAAAUAUUUUAAUACCGUUGUAAAUAUUCAGUUCAAGCGUCUAUUGUAAAUUGUUGAUAAUUUCCUCUAAUUUAAUAACAAUUUUAAAAUUUACCUUGAUGAUAACUUAUUGAUUAUUAUGGGUGCUCCUGCAUUCAUUAUUUAAAUUUAGCAACCAACGGAUUGAUUUUGUGUGAUUGAUAUUUAAAUGAAGUACUUAGAUUUUAGCCAGAAAUACUUGUACUCUAGAUUUUAUCUAAUAGUCUUUUACUAUAGCUUAUAUUUUCAACAGAUUUUUAUAGCUGUAAUAAUUUAACAAUAAAAUAGUCAGAAAAGAAAUGGUUAUUCUUUGAUUUUGACUUGUUCCCACAAAACCAGAAACUAAUGACAAGAGACAAUUCAUGUUUUUUGUGUUUUCUAAUUUGAUUAAACAAAAUUACGCAUUGAAGGGAUGGUACAUCGUUGUUGCUUAUUUAUGUAUAAGUAUUAUUAUUAAUUUAUUUGUUAUUAUUUUGUAAUACUUUAUUUUUAAAAAGACAUGUCAUGAGUGAACCUGAAAGUGUAAAAGGGCUACAAAUUGGACUUUCAAGAAACCAACCGUUUUCAGUGAAAAAGUAUUGACAAUUUGUCUCGCGAUUAAUUUUAUUGCUUUAUGUAAUCGGCCCAAGAACCAACAGUUCAACACAAUCCAUCGGAAAAACGUCAUCAAAGUUUUGUGGGAACAGAUCUGUAUAAAUUACUGUUAUUACUGCAAAGUGCUCUUUAAUCCACAUGAAAUCAAGCUGAAAUAAUCACACUUUUAUCGGUUAAAUGAAAAGGGGGAGUAGUUGUAAUCGGGGCCCCCAUUUGAUGGCGUUUCUUUCUGAAGAACUAUGCGCAUAAUGUGUAGGGCCUAGGCAUCGUGCCCUGUUCAGUGUACAAUUUUAACCCUUUAGAGUCCCCAGCGUUGUUAAGGUUUCACUCGGAGUACAAAAGGUAGCCACAGUUGCGUGUGUGGUGAUGACUAUACAGAAAUGAAUGGUCUCUAUAAGGGUUAAACUGUAAUCUCAGAUUCUUCUCCUUUCAUGUUGAAGUAAUUUUUUUAAUCCAUGAAGUUGCACAGCAGUACUAUAGUUAACUGUUUGUCACUAUAAACCGUAUUGAAUACCCCCUCUGUUGCUAUGAAUGUCGCCAUCUUGUAGGGCAAAUCGUAUGUGCGUCUAAACGCGUACAUCAACGAAGCACGCAGCGUGUCCAGUUUGAUUUUUGUGGCUCAUGUACACACACCCUCAUGCACACGCUCACAAACGCCAUGUUGUAGGGCAGGUUUUUGAAUGGUGACCUCAUAUUCCAUACCGUCUAUUGUAUAAGUUUAUCUGGUAAUAAAUUUAUCUAUCGUCCAUAGUCUUUUUAAGGUCUAAGGUCAACAAAUGUAAUUUUUUCGUAGCAGCAGCUUAUACAUUUAUAACUUUUGCAAAAUUCCAAGUGCCUUAAGAAACAUAAAGUACAUGUACCUUCUCAAAUUUGUUCCACUCUUUUUAAAUGUUGAUUCCGUUCCAAUUUUAGAUAAUUAGUUUUGUCACUGAAUGUCUGUACUAUUAAAAUGAAUGUCACGCAUAAAUGUAUUACCCAGACAGCUUUUAAUACGAUGUAAGGGUGUGGUUUUGAAGACAUUUCUGAAAAGGUUGUGGCUCUCACCCAUGUCUCAAAGGUGGGGUCAUAGAUAUAGGAAAGUACUCACAAAAAUUACUGACCAUGAAAACUAACUUGGUAAGAAGCACUGCAGCUGUUAAUUGUAUAAACUAUUUUGAGAAAGGAUUCUCUGCCAAGUAAUGUGGUUUGGAUAAUUUGUUCACCAAAAACAUUUGAGUCUGAGAUGAUUUAUGCAUUCAGAUUUCUGAGGGUUGAUGUUCGGUCGCAAGUGCUGCCGCCAGAUUUUGGAUUUGUACCCUCUGUCACAUCGCGGCUAUACAGGGAUGAAUUUGAUGUUCUUGUGAAAAUACCUUGAAUUUUGGUUGCUGGUGUAGUCUAAGCAAGUGCACACUGUAUCCAGCUGAAACUUUCAGUGUAUCUUUCUUGAAAUAUCUGGCUAUAAAUAAGCAUUAUGUUGACAAAAACACAUCUAUGACUCGACCUUUAAGCCUGAUAACCCUAAAUCAUUUCUCAUUAUUUUAUACAUAAUGCAUAAAGUGACAUUUAUAUCAUGGCUAAUGUUUCAGUUGACUUUACUUUUAAUACCGUUUCACUUUUUCCUCAAGAACUGCUUAUUUUUGGGGCAUGGAGCUGUCUUGGCAUAUUGUCUUGGCUCUCGAAAGAGCUGAUGGUGUAAUGACUCCAUGUCUUUUUUGUUUUUUUUAAAUACAACAUUGAACUAAACAAUAGUAACAUGAAACACUGUAGAGAUUGCAUUUAAAUAAAAAAUAGAGUUUAUUACAACCCAAGAAUAAUUAUGUGUUUCUUUCACAUCUUUUGAUUCCUUGUCACAACAUUAAUGGUUUUAAGGGGGAGAGGGAGGACAUCAAAAACUCAUUCACAAUGAUUUUUUAUGGAAAAUUUAAUGCAUUUUUUUAAAACAGAUUUUAUGACAUGUUAAAUUCGAUAUCUCAAAAAGAAUUAGAUAAUACAAAGGCAUCUGUUUAUAAAUCAUGUUUACUCCCUUCAAGUUUCAAGAAAAGGAAACGUUUUUAACGACGUCCUUUUUUUGACAAUCACACCUAAAAUCGUCAUACUUACAAUAAACAUUUAGAAAUUAAGUUUGCAUCGACGAUAUGAAUUUUAUUUGUGUUUUAACUGUACACAGAUGUGUCUUCAACACUGAAUACUAAUUGUCUAUUACGGCAAGACAUUACUCUAGAAUGGCAAAGAUCUUUGGUUAGAAUCACACCUAGUCCUGAUCACACCCAAGUAUUAUAUUAGUGGUGUUUUAUUCACAGGACUUAUGAAAGAACCAGAGUAGUGCUUACCAACACCUGCACACACAGCUCGGUGUUGCAGCCAUUCUGUUGGCAUUCCCUUCUUCUGUACACUUAAAGCCAUUGGACACUUUCGGUAAAACAGUACAGUCCAAGGCCCACACUUUGUGUACCACAACUUCUAU